AUGCCGCUGCAAGUUCAUGUUUCUCUACAGCAACACCGUACACGAAUAGUUAGUUUCCUCCUGACCCAAGUUGUUAGUCCAUCUGUCCUCCCGCUUUUUUUCGUUUGCAUCAUGUCGCGCCACUCUUUUCUCAUCACCGGAGCUUCGUCCGGCCUUGGGCUCGAGAUUGCCCUCGAGGCCCUCAAGCAGGGCCACGUGGUCGCUGCCGGCGCUCGCAACCCCAGCGAGGCAGCAAAGCAGCAUCCUGAGGUGCAGCAGUUAGGGGGUAAAUGGGUCGAGCUGGACGUGACCCGCGCCGACACCAAGGAGUCGGUAGCCAGGAUUGUCAAGGACGCUGGGGUUGAUGUCUUGAUCAACUGUGCCGGGUACGGCAUUCUCGGAAGCCUGGAAAACACAGAUGAGGACGAGUUCAUUGCCCAGGUAAACACCAACACCUUUGGCACCAUGCGCACCAUCAAGGGAGCAUUGCCACACUUCCGUUCCCUUGCAGAGAGUGGCGGAGCUACCAUUGUCAAUAUUGGCAGCCUCGUUACCUUUGGACACUUUCCCGCAUGCUCUGCUUACGGCGCCUCCAAGGGAGCUGUCGAGGGCCUGAGCGAGACCUUGGCCCUCGAGGUUGGGCCCGCAAAGGUGCGUGUGGUCUUGAUUGACCUUGGCAUCUUCAGGACCCGGUUCCUGCAUGCUGCCGUCAAGCCAAAGAGCGGCCUGCACGAGGCUUAUGUCGGCGGCUCCGUCGAUAACACCGUCUCUUUCCUGGACGGCGUUGCGGGCAAGCAGCCUGGUGACCCAGCCCUUGCCGGCAAGAGAAUCGUUGAGAUCGUCGACGGCACUGGCUUGGCCAAGGAUCUUGCCACGCAGGGCUAUGGCAAGCUGUUGAGGGUGCCUUUGGGAAGUGAUGCUUUUGAGGCUCUCAAGGGUAAGGAGGCUAGCUUGGCUGAGCUUCAUGCGCUAGAGACACUGGCACGCAGCACAGACUUUGCCAACUAG